GUCCAUCACGGAAAGUAUAUUCCCACUUGCUAUGAGUGCGCUCACUUCGGCUGCAUUUCUCCUAGCCAGCCUGUUAAAUACAGCUAGAUUAGAUUCGAGUUCAGAGAUUAAGACAUUGUAGUUUUUUUCUGCAGAGUUUCCAUUCAGGUUAUCAAAGUGUAACUAAAGCAUUGCACCAUAACCUAAUGUUUGCAACUAUGUAGUUAAAUAUCUACCUAACAUGCUUUUAAAGAGACAAAACUGGAAAGUAUUUAAAUAUAAAAAUUGAUAAAUACUCAGACUACAACUACAUUUAAUUAUACACACACACACAUAUAUAAAUCUGCCAUAUAAUAGGAUGCAUCAAAAGUUUCUGAGUAAAUCCAAUGUCAAAUCCAAUGACAAAACACAGCAGAAAAAUCGGGCUUACCCUAGUGACCCAGUGCUGCUUUUUCUCCACAGACCUUUCAUGCAAGAGCACUUUCAAAACCCCAUCCUCAUUAAAUACACCCUCAGAUACUAUUUGCAUGUUUUAAGCAUCUAAACGGUUGCGAGUAUGACUUGCACAGUCGUUCGGAGUUCCAGCACCUGUGGUCAGGCAUGGGUUAAUGAAAUGAAAUGGGGCCGCAUGCAGAGGUGCAUUUCCUCCACUAGAGGGCCCUACAUAGCGCUCCAAACACCCUGCUGAGGGCCUCUAUGAUCAGAAAGUGUUUAUUGGAGCCUAAACUCCUCAUGAAUGAUUAAGAAAUAUUGAUCAUUUAUUUCCUGUUUAUCCACAUAAUAUUUACAUUACAUAACUGCAAUUAAUACAUGACUCUUUUAAUAGAGAAUGUGUAUGAGUGUUUGUGCAUGUGUGCGUUUUGAAAGAUUUGCUCAGAUUAACAAACCCCCCUAGUUUUCCACAAUGCCCCUUUGUUCGUGGAAAACAGAUUAACAGGUCAAGUGACCGGAGGUGUGGGCGUCUCAUGUAGUCCUCUGCUCGAACCUUCCCGUCUUUAACGGUUCCGGAAAAGACGCCAAGUCCCGAAACAUCACACGCUGUGUUGAUGCAUGCUAACUAACAUCAAAAAAGCAUCUGAUUUGCACAUGCACUAUGUGAUUCAGCCAAUGCAGAGCAUGCAUGCAUGUGUUUCCUGCUGUCCAUGCUUAUCAUCUCUAAUCGUAGUGAAAGGUCAGUAGAGACUGUGAUUGACAGGCUGUGAGUGGUCUUCCUGUCCAGAAGGGGCAGCGAUGACGGUGACAUAUUCUCGGAGGGUGGCAGAUGCGCGUUUGGGCACCUUUUACCGGCUGCUUCUGCGAUGGAAAGGAAGCAUCUAUAAACUGUUAUAUCGAGAGCUGCUGAUCUUCACUGUGAUGUACAGCACCAUCAGCAUCAUGUACAGGUGUAUCCUGACUGAAGAGCAGCGCAGGAUGUUCGAGAAGCUCUCCAUGUACUGUGAUCAGUACGCGCAACUGAUUCCCGUGUCGUUCGUACUAGGUUUCUACGUGACUCUUGUGGUGUCUCGUUGGUGGGGUCAGUUUGAGAGCGUCCCGUGGCCGGACCGCCUGUCGGCGCUGGUUAGCGGACACGUCCGGGGUGCAGAUGAAGGGGCCAGACUCGUUCGCAGGAGUCUAAUGCGUUACGCCAACCUGUCGGGCAUCCUAAUUUACCGCUCGGUCAGCACCGCCGUCUACAAGAGGUUCCCGACCAUGAGCCACUUGGUUCAAGCAGGACUGAUGACAGCUGAGGAACUGAGGCAGUUAGAGGAACUGCCCUCCCCUCAUAAUAAGUUUUGGGUUCCCUGCAUGUGGUUUGUCAGUCUGGCCAUGAGAGCUCGAUCUGAAGGACGCAUCAAUAAUGACGUCGCAAUGACCGCCAUCCUCAACGAGUUGAACACACUGCGCUCUCAGUGUAUGAGGCUGUACGGCUAUGACUGGGUCAGCCUGCCUCUCGUUUACACACAGGUUGUAACCGUGGCUGUGUACAGUUUCUUUUUGGCUUGUCUGAUUGGUCGGCAGUUCCUUGACCCCGCCCAGGGCUAUCCAGGUCACAACCUCGACUUCUACCUGCCCGUCUUUACCUUACUGCAGUUCUUCUUCUAUGUGGGUUGGCUCAAGGUGGCAGAGCAGCUCAUUAAUCCAUUUGGGGAGGAUGAUGAUGACUUUGAGACAAACUGGCUGGUGGAUCGUAAUUUACAGGUGUCUCUGCUGUCAGUGGAUGAGAUGUAUGAUCUGGUUCCUCUGGUUGAGAGAGAUAAAUACUGGGAUGAAUCUGAGCCUCAGCCCCCAUACACAGCUGCCAGCGCCGAACACCGCAAACCCUCAUUUAUGGGAUCUGCUUUGGACAUCAGUGUUCCCAAAGAGGAAAUGGAAUUCCAACACAAUCUGGAGCAGAUUAAAGAACACGAGGAGGCCAAUCAUUCCACUCCAUUCCUGGGCAGCUUGAGUCGCAUUCUGGGAGUCCAGUCGCCCAAUUUCCCCCGCUCAACCCCCACAUCCAGAGUCUCCCUUUUGCGACGGCGUCCCCGCGCCCCCUUCUCUCGUUUCCCCCUUUACCUCCAUCCCGAGAGCUCUCCGAUGCCCAGCCACUCCCGGAACGUGGACAUGGAAGAUGCAUUCUCAUCCAUGCCUCUGUACGAAAGACCUGGUUUCUACAGUUGCCCCCAGACACCUAUCCACUGCGUCCCUCCACCCAUUCCCCGCCCAAGACCGCGAAGGGCGCACGGCGACAGUUCCAGCUCCCUGGCGCAUCCCCUGGUGGGCUCACAAGUCCUGGCUCCACCUGACACACCUGCGCCUCCUUCCUCCGCCUUCCCUUGGGUAGGCGAAGACGGUGAACAUUCGGGUCCGGCUUUCUCCUUUCCAGACCCUGUGCCUGAACUGUUACCCAAAGUAUGGCCGAGUCAAGGGUUGCCGUCGCGUCGCCCCCUGCCUCUGCGACUGUCUUUGGACACGUCCCCAUCUCCGUCUACGCCCGAAAGGGUGUUUUCUUUCACCCCUCCAUCUUGGCCGCAAGCACAAAUCAGCACCGCCAGUUCAGGGAGUGUGAAUGCGAUCACAACGACAAACAGCAACAGUAACCUGUGCAACGGCGUAGCAAACAACCCCUGGCCAAUCAGCAGAAGCACCACUGCAAGCACAGCCAAUCCUGUCAGUCAAAGUCCCACGGCAACUCAACAGACAGCCAAUCAGCACAACUCUGCCAACGACUCUGGCAUUUCAUUGGCUGAGGGGGAUCUGUUGGGUGCUAUGCUGAAAACGAAGGAACAGCUCUGAGUUAGGUGGUAAAUACCAGCUUAGACCAGCAUGAAUUCUUUUGCUGGUCUGACUGGUUAAGAAAAGUUUAUCAAUGCCUUGGGUGAGUUAAGAUAGUGAACAUUCGGGUCCUGCUUUCCUCUUUCAGGACCCUGUACCUGAACUGUUACCUAGAGUAUCAAGGGUUGCCUGCCUCCAUGACUCUCUUUGGACAUGUCCCCGAUCUCUGGCUAAGCCUGAGAGGAUGUUUUCUUCAUCCCUCCAUUUUAACAGCAAGCUCAGAUCAACAGCGCCAGUUCAGGGAGCGUGAAUGCGACCGCAAUGACAAACAGCAAUAAUAACCUGUGCAACCGCGCGGAAAACAAUCUUUGACCAAUCAGCAAAAGCACCACUGCAAGCACAGCCAAUCCUGUCAGCCCAAGCCUCAUGGCGACUCAACAGACAGCCAAUCAGCACAACUCUGCCAACGACUCUGGCAUCUCAUUGGCUAAGGGAGAUCUGUUAGGUGCUGUGGUAUAAUAAAUGAAGGAACAGCUCUGAGUUGGUGGAAAAUACCAGUUUAGACCAGCUUGAAAUCUUUUCCAGGCUGGUUUAAGGCCUGUUCACAACAUCAAGGACAAGAACUAUAAAGAUAACGAUAAAGAUAUGGUUCCAAAAAUCAUUCUCAAUAUUAAGGAAUAGCAGAGUCCACACCACAGCUACAAGGAUAAAGGCACAGAGAAACAAUAUCGUUGAAAUCACUUUUAAGAACUUUAAAAACAUUGACACCCAAUCAGAAUCAAUCCUUCUAUAUAACGAGGCAGAUGGGCAUGCACUUAGAAUAAACAAACGAUAUCGUUCGCUGAUGUGGAUGCUAUUAUAGUUAUCUUUAUAGUUGUCAUUCUUGGUGUGAACGGGCCUUUAGAGCUGGUCUGACUGGAUAAGAUAUGUUUAUCUUUGCUUUGGGUGAGGAUUAAUGAGACUAUAUCAAAGCAACGCUAACCUGUACAAUGAUGCAGCAAAUGACACCUAGCCAAUCAGCAGAAGCACCACUGCAAGCACAGCCAUUCGUGUCACAACUCUGCCAACGACUCUGGCAUCUCAUUGGCUGAGGGAGAUCUGUUAGAGGCUGUGGUAUAAUAAAUGAAGGAGCAGCUCUCAGUUGGUGGAAAAUACCAGUUUAGACCAGCUUGAAUUCUCUUCCAGGCUGGUUCAAAGCUGGUCUAACUUGUUAAAAUAUGUUUAUCUUGCGUGAAUGUGACCGCAAUAUUAACCAGUAACAGUAAACUGUGCAUCGAUGCAGCAAACAACACCUAGCCAAUCAGCAGAAGCACCACUGCAAGCACAGCCAAUCCCGUCAGCCCAAGCCUUAUGGUGACUCAACAGACAGCCAAUCAGCACAACUCUGUCAAGGACUCUGGCAUCUCAUUGGCUGAGGGAGAUCUGUUAGGAGCUGUGGUAUAAUAAAUGAAGGAGCAGCUCUCAGUUGGUGGAAAAUACCAGUUUAGACCAGCUUGAAUUUUCUUCCAGGCUGGUUCAAAGCUGGUCUAACUGGUUAAAAUAUGUUUAUCUUGCGUGAAUGUGACCGCAAUGUUAACCAGUAACAGUAACCUGUGCAUUGAUGCGGCAAACAAC